AGCUGGCAGCACAAGAGAAGCAUGGUAUUUCACUAAAGUGAAGACUACAUACAUCCUCUUCAGCACACCCAAAUUUCCUCAGUACUUCUCAUUCCCUUCCAAUAAUUCACAAAUCCCUAGAAGAAUUUAAUGGAACUCAGAAAGUACAAACCUGCCUUCCUCCUCCUCCUCUUCCUCUCCAUCUCCGGCCGAUCCGCCGUCCACGCCUACAAAAACCACACCGUCGGCGAUUCCCUCGGCUGGUUCGACAAAUUGGAGAAACCUGCCGUCGAUUACCAGGAAUGGACCGCCGGUAAAACCUUCGGCCUCGGUGAUUUUCUAAUUUUCAACACGGACAACAACCACUCGGUUGUGCAAACAUACAAUGUCACCACAUACAAGCUUUGUGACUACGACGACGCAUCAGAUCACGAUACGACGGAAUGGUCUGCCGCUGAUCCGUCCGCAACCACUCCCUACCCCGUCACGGUGGCUGUCCCCUUGGUUAAAGAAGGCCCCAACUACUUCUUCUCUGGCAACUACGACGGAGAGCAGUGCCAAAAUGGGCAACAGUUCAACAUAAAUGUCACCCAUGGACAGGGCCUCCCUAAAAGCAUGAGAGAUCCUUCGGAGGAAGCUCCGGCUCCGGUAGUUCCUGACACCGGCGAUCAAACCGAAUCUGCACCAGACACCAUUAUCCCUUCCAGCUUCGACAAUCCUCGAAACGAUGUGGCCGAUAAUAAUAACGAUAAGGAAUCUUCCGGCUCCAAUUCGUUAUCGCUUAUUUAUUGCUUCAAGUUUAAUGAGUUUUUGUUCUUGUUAGUUGGUAUUGCUUCUGCCUGCUUUUUGUCUUUGUACUGAGUGAUUUUGUUUUUAUUGCUAUAUUUAUUUUUUAUUUAAUUGUUACGUUCUUCAAUAUUCAAAUAAUGUGGGUUUUCUCUUUUCUUGGUGUUCAAGCAAUACAUACUAUAUAUAUAUAGUUAGCUCUAUCGUAGGUUUUCCUUAGGGUUUUCUUCACUCUUUUUGUGCAUUUAUAUACAAAAUUAUAUAAUGUAAUAAUGGAUUGAUCAUAUAAUUGAGAGUGUGAGUACACCAUUUUAUGUUUUUUUUU